AUGCCUACUGCAAUCGUCACUGGCGCGACCGGUAUCACCGGUGCCGCGAUUGUCGACCACCUCCUACAAGAUCCCUCCUACACUAAAAUCUACACCAUCUCACGGAGCCAGUCCGGCGGCCAAGACUCCCGCCUGCAACAUGUAUCCCUGGACCUGCAGGCCUCAGCAGAAGACAUGGCGUCAACCCUCACCGGUAUCGCCGCCGACUACGUCUACUUCUGCGCGUAUCUCCCCCGGAAGGACGAGGAGGAAGAAGCCCGCGUCAACGGCGGCUUGCUGUCAAAUUUCCUCCAGGCGCUCGAGCGCACCGGCGCAGUGAAACACCUCAAGCGAUGCAUCCUGACCUGCGGCUUCAAACACUACGGCGUGCACCAGGGCACCCCGAAGCAGCCGCUCGUCGAGACCGACCCCCGGCUGGAGAACGGCAUCGGAGGCGCGCAGUGGCCCGCCAACUUCUACUACACGCAGCAGCGCAUUCUCGAGGACGCCGCCGCACGGGGCAACUGGGAGUGGGUGGUCACGCUCCCGAACGACGUGAUCGGGUAUGCGAAGAAGAACUUCUACAACGAGGUGGUCGUGCUGGGGCUGUAUUGCGCGGUGAGCAAGGCCCUGCCGGGCUCUAAGCUUCUGUUCCCCGGAAACAGAAUCAACUACUUCGCGCUCAACUGCUGGACGUCCGCGGACCUGCACGCGAAGUUCUGCCUCUGGGCGGCUACCGCGCCCGGUGCCGGGAACAACAUCUUCAACGUGACGAACGGGGAUACGCAGUCGUUCCAGGACCUGUGGCCUCGUAUGGCCGAGCGGUUUGGAUGCUCCAUCCCGCCGAACAUGUUCGCGCCGGAUACCCUGGACGCGUACCGAAACGAGCAGACAGAGCAGCAGUUGCAGACGUCGAACCCCAUCGUUGCGCAUAAGGAAGCACUGGGAAUCGCGGACGACCCCGUUACUUCUCAUCCCCCCUUUUUCCGUCUCCCCAUCGAUCCUCCGAAAUGGGCGGAGCGGAAGGAUGUAAAAGAGGCGUGGUCGAAGCUGCAGGCCAAAUAUAACUUGGAUCAAGCGGCCUGGGACAAGGCUUCAUGGGAUUUCCUGACUUUCUCGCUUGGGAGGGAAUGGGGCUGUGUCGGAAACAUGACCAAGGCCAGGAAGCUCGGUUGGACGGAAUACGAAGACACCUGGGAAGCGUUUGAGAGGACGUUCGACGACUUAGAGAAGGAACGGGUCCUUCCCCCGGCAGCAAAGUUGAGAGAAGACUUCAGUAGAUAG